AUGAAAGCUGCGUUGCCAGAGCGCAAUGAUCAGGUCUUUGCAUUCGCAGAACUCAACAAUGCCAUGGCACAGGAGGAUCGAGAUGUGUGGAGAGCUGCUCUAGAGACAUGGGAGAAGGACCCAUCGAAACUCAACCCAUUUGUCGCGACUCGUCCAACCAUAACUCAAGCAGCUGUGCACCUGCAGCUAGCCAACGAGGAGGCUGCAGAAUUGGAGAAGGGUGAGCAAUGCGGCAUGCUGCAUGAGUUGGUUUCCCCGAGCGUUAUGAUAUUGGCCAGGAUUGAGCUACAGGAACAGCAGUAUCGCCUUGGACAGGACACAGCAGGCCUCGGAGCACACUCCACAGAUCUCCAACGGGCCAAGAUCAUCGAGCAGCGCAAUGGUCUUCAUCACAAGAUAGAGGCUUUGGCGGAGAUCCAGCAGCUGUAUAUGCCUAGCACCGUCACAUUGCGUGCGCGAGCUGUUGCUACAGCUGUCAAGGAGGUCCUCGCGCAAGACAUGGUGCUCUAUUUGCCAUCGGAGUUGCCCUCGGGUACCCUUUGUGACCCUCGUGUUCAGAGGUAUGAAUUGCGUUUGAGGACUGCUCAAGCAUACGAUGCGCUAGACGAACUCCGGCGACAUCUUCGUGUGCGUGCUCACUUGUACAAGUUCAAAGACCACUUUGUCCAUGGGCAACGGUAUCUCACUCGUGCGAAGAUGGUUAUCGCACGUGUGCAGGACAAGAUCAACGCUGAUGCAGCGCAUUAUUGCCGUGCCUAUUCUGCCAUCAACUCGUUGGCUACCUUACUCCACGAGCCUUUGAUGCCCAACGACUUGGGACCGCUGCAAGGUGAAGACGUACACGGAAUGACGGAUGGGAUGUUGGGUGAAACUCAGAGCUGGAAGACAUUGUCUUGGAUAUGGCGGAGACAUGGUGUAGGGAGCAGCAGCGCGAUGGACAACACCAUCCAUGAAGAGCUCCACGUUGAAUGGUGCAAUGCCCAUGCUCGAGCCUAUCGCUGGAUGGAGGAAUGCCGCCAAUUGCCAGAGGAGAUGUGCAGAGUCAUCUCAUUUCACGGUUGGAUUGCGCGGUGGUGGCUGAAGCUGAUAGACACGAUCCCCGCGCGAUCACACGAACACCUGGAAGGUGCCAUCGCAUAUGCUUACCACCAGGCAGACAUCCGACUGUCCAUGAGGAAACACUGCAGAUCGGUAUGGCGUUGUGUACCUGCCUGGCUGCAGGCGGGAGGAGACAUCAGCGUAGAUGCUGAUUCGGUUGAGCCUACGAUUCAGGAACCCCCUCCAAUGAAUGAUUCUGCUUCCACGUCGGCAGGUCUUUCGACUUCCGUUCCUACUCCUGCACAUUAG